AUGUCUGAUGGAAAAUUUUUGAUCUUACAGUCAGUAAAUAUAAUAGAUUCUACUAAAUGUGAUCCAUCAUAUUCUGAAUCUAUGUUUAAAACAAAAACAAACUUUCCAACUUCUGUUCGACUUCAACCAGAUGCAUAUAUCAUGUUUCUGGACAACUCCUUGAUGCAACAAGGAAUUUUCAAUGGUACUCAUAUAGGCGGAUUUGACUCAACAGCUUCACCUCCAAGUGAACCUCAAGUAAAAACUUUAAAGAUGGAGCCCUUUUCUGAAGGACUUUUUAUUAUUUUAUUCUAUAAUUUACCAACUUUUCAAUAUUCUCCUAUAAAAAGAAUGUAUACUUGUAAGUUCAAAGGUGGUCAAGGAUAUGAACAAUUAGGGAAUUUUUUUGAUAAUAAAAACUGGGAAUUACGUUAUGGUUCUAUGCGUUUUGAAUUUAAUAUUGAUGUAAGAGAUUUUGUAGAAG